ACGUGCAAGAAAAACAUGGCUGCGUCCAUGGAUGGAGAAAUGGCGAUCGUGCAAAAAGCCGGGGCUAAUCUUGUCAGCGAAAGGCCCGUCUUCUCACCAGACUCAAGAUAUGUGCUGUGUUGCUGUGGGUUUGUUGUGAAGGUGUUCAGCAUGUCCAGUGGAGAGUGUGUCCGAGAACUGACCGGACACAAAGACUUCAUCACAGGGGUCAAGAUUAACCCUCACAACCAGUUCCAGGCCUUCACCAGCUCUUUGGAUAAGACAGUUAAAGUGUGGGACUAUCCAGACGGCAAGUUGCUCAAGACCUUCAGUGUCGGUUACCCCGUGCAUGCCUUGUACCUGCUUAAAGAAGAAGAGGAUGCUGGGUAUGCUGUCAUCAGGAACGAAGAUAAUACUUUUAGCCUGGUGCAGUUCAGCUGGACCAAUAGAAAAGGACAUACCAUCAGAGUUGAGACCAGGGAAGUUCUGAGAGGUGUAUCCAGACAUGAGAAACAUCUCGCCUUUGGUCCAGAGGGUUCUUUUAUUGCUUCUGUUACAAGAAACAAGUUGACUGUACUUUUCACAAAGAGUGGAAAAGUCAAAGAAUUCGAGAGACCCAGAAAUGAGUUCCAGUGUGUAACCUGCCAUCCUACUGAUGCCUGUAUCGCUACAGGGAUGCAGGAUGGAAAAAUCUUCCUCUGGAGGGGUCUGUUUCAGAAGAAAGAAGUUGUGAGAACCAUCUACCACUGGCACACUCUUCCUGUGGGAGAUCUGACCUUCUCUCCUGAAGGUACCCAUUUGAUGAGUGUAGGACAGGAGUGUGUGUUGGUACUGUGGCAAUACAACACAGAGAAGAAGGACUUCCUCCCCAGAAUGGGCUCCCCGCUGUGUUACAUCAACUCUUCUCCUGAUGGCAGCCUUCUAGCAGUCAGCCAGGUGGAAAAUGUGGUUCAAAUAGUGACCAGGAGCAAUAAAGUGGUUCAAGUGUUCCAGGGACUUACUAGAGUCCACAUCCCCCAGUUGAUCAGAUCCACCAACCCGGUACCGACGGGACUCCUGCUGGACCCUCGCAGUCAGACCUUGGUACUGAACGGGAGACCUGGGCAUCUACAGUGGUACAACCUACAUACAGACAGGCACCUCUACAAUCUGGACAUCGUGUGGCAGAACUUCGUCAGUAGUCGCCGACCGUGGGAAGCGCCCGAGGUUGUCUACACGGAGAUUGAGAGGACAGCGUUUGACCAGGGCGGAGACUGGCUGGCCACGGUGGAGAGAAGGGCAGACGGUAUGAUGGCAGAGGAGGUCAAACUCAAGUUCUGGAGUUUCAACAAGGAAAAACAGAGUUUUGAGUUGAACACCACGGUGGACUGUCCCCACCAGGGAAAGGUCAACACCCUCGUGUUCCAGCCUCACUCUGACGCAGACCUGCCUCCCACAGCUGUCAGCGCAGGGGAUGAUGGGAAAUUCAAGACCUGGACUCUGAUCGACGACACAGAUAUUUACAGAGAAAAUGUCUGCUGGUCAUGUGACUCUGUCGGAACGUAUCGUGACCUUGAAGCCAAGGACGCGGCCUUCUCAGAAGAUGGUUCACUCCUCGCUGUGGCCUUUGGACAGAGCCUCACUAUCUGGGACCCUUACACCAUAGACCUUAAGACUACCUUCUGUCACACCUUCUGUACAGAAAAGGAAAACAUCAGGCAGGUGAAGUUUGGACAUGGCAACUGUAGUCACUACCUCAUCACCACCACACCCUCGAACCUUAGUGUGUGGAACAUACUCUCCUGUUCAUUGUUGUGGACUGUGUCCUGUGAGUGUGCAGUCUUGGUGGCAGACCCACUCUCUGAGUACAUGGCUGUGUUCUCAGCAACAUCUGACUUGACAGUGUUCAAGCCAUCCAGUCCUGAACCUGUCUACACACACAACAAGGUUGUGCAGAGCUCCGUGGUGGCUGCCAUUUUCUUCCCCAAGCAGAACCAGGGAUCCGGGGAGCAGGCAGUCGAGGCCCCCUGGCAGAAAUGGUCGGAACUGUACUUCAUGACUUACGAUCAGGACCUUCUGACACUGCAAAAAGACGCACCACAACAAACAAGGAAGGACGUAACUGAAGAGCUGGAGUCCCACCUGCCGCCCACCCCAUUCUCCAUGUACCUGAGCCAGGUGAGAUCAGGUCAGCAGGGGGAGGAGAGCCACGCCCCAGUCCAGCACGGAACACCUGGAGCUGUGGCCGUGCAGCAGAUGCUUCAGACACCUGCCCACGUGUUGCCACCUGUCAGCACCUUGUGCCAGUCUUUCCUACAGAUGCUGCUGGUUUCCAAAUCAUCUGCAGAAAGGCAAGAUGAUGAAGACAUGGAGUCUGACUCUGAUGAAGAAGAAAAGAACGACCAAUCAGAAACCAGCGAUUCUGAAAUGGAAGACGAUGGCGCCACUAUUGAUGCUUCAACUGCCAAACAGUCCACCAGCCAAUCAGAGAGGGGCAGUUCAUCACAUGACCAAACUUCAAACCAAUCAGCUUUAGAUAAGAUACAUUUGAAGGAAACUGAAGAUUUUUCCAGUAUUAAGACUAGUGAUCUCUCUUGGAUGAAGAGCAUAUUUUAAUGAAGUCUUGUAGUACUUAUUGACAUUUGCAGACUGCAUUAAACAUUCUGUUGUAUUUCUAUGGUCUAAAAAGGAAUUAUGGCAAGUGAAGAUGAAGAAUAGACUAAUUAUUUUAGUCACAGCUGGCAUCAACUCAAUAAAG